AUGUGGUUCUUCGGCUUAAGCUUCAAGUCUAGCGCGCGCACUUAUGUCAUGCCAGUGCUUCGUCAGGGUCAGGGUGAUCCAGGCCUACUAGUGAUGUCCCCCUCCAUCAUGAUCGAUCCUGUUGCACGCAACAUUGCUAUAAUAACAAACUCAUCAGCGACAUUAACUGCGUUCAUGGUCCUCGAGUAUAUCUGCUCUAUAUUCGACGAGAUGAGGCUGGUCUGGCCACGAAUCUGGAAGACCACCGAAGCGAAAAUUUAUGUGGUGACCAGGAUGAUGUCAGGGGUUCCCAAUAAUCGCGACGAUCCAAUGUCUGCUGCUUUCAGUGGAGUCAUUACUCAUACUGCGAGGCACGUAGCUUUCGAUCUUACUCUUGGCAACUAUUUAUCCACCCUCGUUGCAGUGUACAAUAUGUACAACAAAGGCGGUGCACUCUUAUUCACCCUCGGUGGCGCGCAGUCUGCCGUCAUGGUAGUCAGUUCUCGAUUUAUUGUAACUGGCACUCGCUAUUCUCCCACUUGCGUCAUAAUCUCGCCUCAUUACAGUCGGAUCUAUGUCGGCACAUCCGGCUGGUCGGAAGGUCCGCGUGCUUGGCUCAAGCUUGCGGUCCGCGACGGUAGCUGUACGACCAUUGUGAUAACAACGCGUCAUCAACAUACCGAUGAGUGGAAAUAUCACCUUUUAGCUGGUCGUAUAGUUCUUCACCGAGAGAAAUUUCGUGAAAUCCAAGAAUCCCAGGAGGGUGGCAUUAAUGAUCCAAGUCAGUGGACUCAGACGAUCGAGGUGGACCUAGAUGACAUUAGACCUUUUGAUGACCCCGAGGCAUGUCCGACGAGUCCCUCCGGCUUAGAGGUCGAGUCGACCAACCCACCCUGUUCGACUCUAUGUCAGCCGCAGGAAUGAAGGAUAUCGCUGACGAACAUCUUUAGAGCGGGAGGAGGAUAAUGCGUCGCUGUCGAGCUGCGUGCCUACAUUCAUGCUCGUCGAAAGAUGCACUGGUGAUGAGGGAUCGGACUCUACGAAUUAAAGUAAAUUCAUUCGUUUUAUGAGACAGUUACGAGUUCCGUGAUACAUGAUAUAUAUCACUAAUAGUUUCACAUUGCCAGAUGGUGCCACCUUUGGACUGAGAUGCGCAGAUAGUCACCCAGGUUUCGGAAUGCAACCUGCAUGAGGUAUGAUACUUCUCAG